AUGGGAAAAAAUAUAACACAAAAAUCUCAGGGAGGAUCAUCAGAGGAACCUCCGCUCUCAUUAGUCCAAAAGGAGGAACAAAUUAUAAGGGCCUACACCGACUGGGGAGAAUGGAGAGCAUGGAGAAAUCAACGAAGAAAGAAGAAGCAGAUGAGAAACCUCGAAGGCAAAACCCAAGCCAAGGAGGGGAUCAGGACAGGAAGCGCCUUUCCCAAAGUUAAGAAGAGGACGUACCCAAAUGAUUAA